AUGAAGGAAACUAUAACUACCUUUGGGCUUAAGGAUGCGGGAGUGCGGCGCGGGGUGCGGCGCACGCGGGUGGCUGGACGGCGCUGGGCGGGAGAGCCGGCCAGUGCGCGUGCCCGGCCGGGGUCUGCGCGCGAGCCGGGGGAGGGCAGGGGAGGGGGGCUCCUGCCCGCCGGGCUGGGGCGCAUCCCGGCCUUGGGCCCCCACCUCUGGCCGCCGGCCCGCUCGCUCCCCGCGGGCUCGGGCCCGCCUCUGAGCGGUUUUCGCUUUCACUUUCCUGCCGCUGUUGUUGAGGAAAAUGAAAGCGCCGGAGAGCAGGGCCCGUGCGGCCGCGGCGCGGGGCGAGGGGCGCAGCGGGCGGCCAGCGGCGGCGGGGACCGGGCGCCGGAGCCGGGGCCGCAGCCCGAGAUGGCAGCACCCUCUGGACUGAGAAGUCAGAAGCCUGGAUUGCCGAGAAGCCAGAAAAUGGACUCUCUUCUCCAGGACACGUGAAUGACAGCCACUGGGAUGGGUCCUGAAUUCACAGCCUUCGAAGGAAGAGAGAACGAUGAGAAG